AUGGGACCGCCCGCGGGCACGCCCAGGCCGGCGCGAAAAAACCGUCAUGACAGGCCAGCCGGGGGACGACACGCCCACGCUUUUCGCGGGUGUGAAAGACACGAUUUGCAAGGGACAGCAAAUCGUCUCCAACGCCUCGCGCCGCCCGCGAAGAUCCCUCAUGAAAAAUUCGGCGCCGUUGAGGGUCUCAUGGCCACAGCGCGCGCCACCAUGGCGUCGCAACAAACAGCGGACGGCGCAUCGCUCAAAGAAUGGCACGGUGGUCGCGGUGCGGCGCGGAAAAUCGUCCCGUCCGUCACCGGAGCGACCAAGACGGCUGGGAAAGGCAUUCCCGCGCUGAACGGCAGGCUGACCGGCAUGGCGUUCCGUGUGCCGACUCCAAACGUGUCGGUUGUCGACUUCACCGCGCGCCUGGAGAAGCCGGCGGCAUACGAGCAGCUCCGCGCCGCCACCGAUGCAGCCUCCGAGGGGAAGCUGAAGAGCUUUCUUGGCCACACGGAGGACGAGGCUGUUUCCACCGACAUGGGUGGCGUCGCGCUGACGUCCGUCUUUGCCGUCAAGGCCGGCAUUUCCCUCAACGAUCGCUUCGUGAAGCUUGCCUCAUGGUACGGCAACGAGACCGGGUACUCCCACAAGGUGCUGGACCUCGUUGCCCACAUCUCGGCACACUGA